CGGCCUAUACUCCAUAGCAUAGCCUUAAUGGUAUACACCAAUUAACAUAUGAUGGAUCCUAUACAGCUACGAGAUGACGAUCACGUUUCCAUCUACUCGCUUCUCUGCAUCUCAAAGUCGUUCCGCUCUGCUGCCCUGCCAGCAAUCUACAGCUCACUGGAGCCUACGCAGCGGCUCAUAACCGAUAUUUCCACAGGCGAGGCAGAUCGCCUGCUUGGCCAUAUUCGAGAUCACACCCGCCACCUCAUCCUACCCAGCAAUUUAGACAGAGGCGGUGUAAAGGCGUUAAUCCAAGCAACCCCUCACCUACAAUCCAUCACGUAAGUACAUUAUACCCAUAAACACAUGUAUACGCUAAAGCUAACACGGACCAGAUACCGCCACGUGAACAACGGCCAUGCAUGGCUACCCUCAGACCUCGACAGCUUCCACACCCCAUCCCAAGUAAAGCUGCAUGUCCAAGAUGUACCGCUACGAGAAUGCCCUUCUGCAUCCAAAGACCUGUUGGCGUCUAUCCCCGCUGACGCCCUGGUCUCUCUAAAGUUAGCAUAUCCUAUCCCACCACUAUCUGCCACGCUAGACUCACUCAGAGAACUACUCACACGCUGUACGACUCUCGAGACGUUCCAUUACCAUGAGCGCGGCCAGGGCACAUUUCUUCGACUCACCGAGAACCAGCGGUUGCCCGCCUUCCGCCAUCUCAUGUUGGAGUCGUAUGACUGGCAACACUCCAAAGAUGCGGUGGCCAAGUACUGGACGCUGUCGAGGCUCAAAUCACUUCGUCUUGCCUCAGUGCCUGUGUACCGCUUCCUCAAGUCCAUCAACAUGGCCGACAUGGCCAAGUUGACCUCUCUACAGCUCGACGACGCCUACGCCCGCCUAGACGGCGAGGAGAGCGAGAAAGGCACCAUUCUCAUGCAUGACCUCAUCCUGAACCACAUCCAGGCGCUCGAGUUCCUCGAAGUUACAUGCCACCAGCGGCUCUUUGGCAUCAACGCCAUUCUAAAGCAUGCCGAGACACUCAUAUCGCUACGGCUUAGGGACCACACGGGCUUCGACAACGGCGGCAUAUGCCCAACACUAUCAGUAGCCGACAUCACAGCCAUUGGCAACACGAUGCACGCGCUGCGCACACUGGAGCUCGAUAUGGACUGUCCCGCGCCAGAGCAGGCCUGGUUUCUAUCAGCUGCAGCCAAGCUACCGCGCCUGCAACAUCUAACGCUGCACAUCCAGACAGCCAUAGAGCCUCCCAGUAUCGACGAGGAUGGCAACCAGCAGCCGCCGCUGGUCGAGGGCGACGUCGACCUCCAGGGCGCCUAUGGGCUGCUCCACGCGCUUCUCUGGGCCAUGCGGUGCGAGACACGCAUUGGCGAGGUCUUCCCGCUACAACAGCUUGUCAUCAAUGUCGGCGGCUGGAAGCCAACCACGGCGCGCCGCAUCGGGUCGACGUGGCGGGCGCUCAAUGAACAGGGCGUGUUUGCCGAGCGCCGCUUCGUCUUCGUUAAGAGCAAGACGCUGGGCAAGAGCGCGGGCCGCUUCGUCUUGCGCGAGGAAGCAUGUGUGGCGCCGGCCGCCUCGUGCGUCUUUUCUGCGUCGCGAAGCUGACUCUGCUCGUGGGCUGAAGUUUUAGACAAGCUAUAGGGCGCUAGACGAACUGGUCAGAGGGGGAAAGUGUGUGUGUGUGGCACCGCACGGGACGGCACAGCAUAUGCGUGUGUGU